AUGGCGUUGCGACCGUCUCUCCUUACCAGAGGCCUGCCAACUGGACUCAGCGAUACGGGCUCUCCAGCCUCGCCCGCCGAGCAACGAGACGAUGCGAAGAAGAACAUGUUGAAGGCGAUGCGGGCCCUGCCUACUCAGCAUUACUGGAAUGUGUACUUUGACAGACAGCAGAAGGAGCAGCAAAAGUCCCCGGAUGGGUCCUACACAGCGUCCCUGGAGCAGCUUGGCUCCCAAAUCGAGUCGGUUCAGGACUUCUGGCGCUACAAUAACAACACGCCCGUCGACCAGAUCAAGAUGCGUGAAUCCAUCUACUUGUUCAAACAGGGCUUCCAGCCCGUGUGGGAAGACCGAAGAAACAUAAAUGGAGGGAGUUGGACUUUCCGAGUGCCCAAGGCCAACGGGCCCGAUUUUUGGACGAGAGUCCAGCUGAUGGCUAUUGGAGAGAAGCUGCAAAGCAUUCUCGAUGUUGGUGAUCAACUUGCCGGCGUCGGUCUCUCGGUCCGUUUCAACUCGCACCUCAUCUCCAUCUGGCAUCGCGACGGCUCCAACAAGAAGUCGAUUGACGCCAUUCUGGCCACCGUCCUUGAGGAGCUCCCCGCAGAGCUCAAGCCGAAGCCAGAUAACUACUUCUACAAGAAGCAUUCCGACCACGCCGGUUUCAAGGCUCCCGACCCCGCAGCCACUGCUUCUGCUUCUACCGUUCAGCCUCCCAAAGCAUGA